AUGCGGAGAAUCUUAGAGUUCUUGGGCCUUCCAUGGAACUCCACUGUAUUGCACCACGAACAAUUCAUAGGAAAAGCUAUUUCCUUAUCAAAGGUGGAACGAAGCUCGGAUCAGGUUGUGAAGCCAGUAAAUAUGGAUGCGUUGUCGAAAUGGGUAGGUGCUAUACCUGAAGAUGUUGUAAAAGAAAUGGACACGAUAGCACCGAUGCUGCAGCAGCUGGGUUACGAUCCAAAUGCGAACCCACCAAACUAUGGUACACCUGACGAGUUGGUGGCAAAGAAAACGGAAGACCUUCAUAAGAAUGGUGAAGAGUGGUACAGAAAAGCGGUGAUGGUUGUGAAUGAUCCGAACCGAGUCGAUAAACCAAAGCACUAG